AUGGAUAUAAUCUCUCAGUUACAAGAACAGGUUAAUUUGAUUGCACAUUUGGCUUUUAAUACCAUUGGGACAUUGCAAAGGGAUGCCCCUCCUAAUAGACUAUCGCCAAAUUAUCCGGAACCACCUGCACAUCCUACAGAGGAGGGGGCAAAUUUUUCAGAACAGCCAAAACUGAUGAGUUCUACUUUGGUGAAGGCUGCGAAGCAGUUUGAUGCAUUGGUUGCUGCUCUUCCAAUAUCUGAAUCAGGUGAAGAAGCACAGCUUAAGAGGAUAACAGAACUACAAGCUGAAAAUGAUGCAAUAGGCCAAGAACUUCAAAAGCAGUUGGAAGCUGCAGAGAAGGAAUUGAACCAGGUUCAGGAACUGUUUAGGCAAGCAUCAGAUAAUUGUUUGAACUUGAAGAAACCAGAUGACAAUUAG